AUCAUAAAACCACAGGCGGUGACUUCAACAGCUCUGCAGAACUUAAACGGACGAUCAGUGUAGCAGCCAGCCGGAGAGUAGAGAGACUUUCUGCUGUAUUAACGGGGUUUAACACCUUUAUACCCAGCGAAAUACAUCGGUUAACAACGGAUAUAUUCCUGCUUUUAUCAUCAGAAUGAAAAGUAAAGCAGAGGAAGUCUGGGUGUCUUGACAACCACGGGUUGCUAACGUAACUUAGCUUAAAACAUCAAAACAAACUAGCUUUCUUUGUCCAUCUAAAGCUUAAAGGUACUCAAGUCCAAGCUAUUUAACGUGGCUCACUUUAAUAGAGAACAUACUUUUGCUGACUUCAGAUCAAAAGGAUUUCUACUUGAAGGGAAAUAAAACACUGGACAGUUACUUAACAUUACCUGUAUCAAGUUUCCAGGAACAAUAGCCUUUUAAAUGGCAGCAUGUGUCAUCAUUCAGGACCUGAAUGGCCUCCGUUGUUGCAGUGAAAACUGAGAAGCGACCUGCAGCUGAUUCUCAGGAUGCAGACUCAAAUGCAAAAAAGCCCAGGAAACUGCUGCCCAGCCUGAAGACCAAGCGAGCCCCCGAGCUUGUCCUGGUGAUUGGCACGGGGGUAAGCUCUGCAGUGGCCCCUCAAGUCCCCGCACUCCGCUCCUGGAAAGGCCUCAUCCAGGCCUUGCUUGAUGCAGCCAAUGACUUUGACCUGUUGGAGGAGGAGGAGAGUCGACGUUUCCAGAAGCACAUGCAGGAAGAUAAGAAUUUGGUUCAUGUGGCCCAUGACCUCAUUCAGAAACUUUCCCCGAGAACAGGCAAUGUGCGAUCCACGUUCUUCAAGGACUGUCUAUACGAGGUGUUUGACGAUUUGGAGUGUAAGAUGGAGCACGCAGGGAAACAUCUACUGCGCUCUGUGCUGCAGUUGAUGGAGAGUGGUGCGCUGGUCCUCACUACUAACUUUGACAACCUGUUGGAGAUCUAUGCAGCUCACCAGGGCACCAAACUGGAGUCACUGGACCUGACAGACGAGAAGAAGGUGUUGGAGUGGGCUCAGGAGAAACGGAGGUUAAGUGUUCUGCAUAUCCACGGUGUUUACACCAACCCCAGUGGUAUCGUACUGCACCCUGCAGGCUACCAGAAUGUACUGAGGAACACUGAAGUUAUGCGUGAGAUCCAGAAGCUGUACGAGACCAAAUCAUUUGUGUUUCUCGGCUGCGGGCGCACAGUAGACGACACUACCUUCCAGGCUCUGUUCCUGGAGGCGGUCAAACACAAGUCGGACCUGGAACACUUCAUGCUUGUACGACGAGAGGACGUGGGUGAGUUCAAGAAGCUGCGUGACAACAUGCUGGACAAGGGCAUCAAGGUCAUCUCCUAUGGAGACGAGUAUGCGGACCUGCCCGAGUACUUUGAGAGGCUGGCCAAUGAGAUCUGCAACCGUGAUGUGUCUACCAACGGCUGGGGGUCUCCUUCACAAAAUGGGGAAGAACAGCAAAAUGGCUUUAACACACAGAAAAGCCUCCUUCAAGACCAUCAUUCUUGACAGGCACACAGUCAGGAUCACUAGCAGUCAUUUUCCUCCACAGCCCCGUCAUGAGAUCAGUCUACUUUGAGUAGUACUCAAGUCUGAUUUCAAUCAGUGGAUUUAGGAAUACAGGAAAACUAUGGGCCAUGGGAGACCUAAAAGACAUUGUCAGUGUUUCACAGGUCUGUGAUUUUCCUUUUAUUAAUUCUGGUUUAAAAGGGAAAGGAGAAGUUUAAAGUAAGAGUCAACGCCAAUACCCAGCCUCACAGUUCCACUGCACUGUAUUUAAAUGUUGCUCAACAUUUGGGAGGCUACAGCAAAAGAAAGUUUUAAAUAUGCAGAUGAUGGAAUAUGUUUCUCUCACUUCAACUUGACAAAAAUUAUAGAUCUGAGACAACUGACAGAAGUUUUUGUGCUGCAUUGAUUCAUGGUUUUGAUUAUAAAAUCAAACAAACUGCAUCACCUUGACCUUCCUGCCCUGUAAGAGAAGUUGUAGGUGCAAGCUUUAACGCAUAUCACAUGCUCUUAACUGAAAGCAAUCUUGUUUUGAUAUAUGAGGAUUGUAUCUCUCAUGCUCUACCCUGAAACCAGUAAAACUUGAUUUGCACACUACUGGACGGGGAAUUUGGAUGGGAAUUUUCUCAGUGAUGGAUGGUUACUUGGUUUGCAAACACAUUGUUAUGAUUCUGUCCUCCCAAAGUUCAGAAGAUUAUGUUUUCAUAGCAGACAGGCUCCCAGCCAGUAGCAAUCACUUUGCCACUUCUGUACUGAAAAUGUUCUUUGUAAGCCUUUUUUUGUAUUUUUAAUACUUGCAUGUGUUUUCUGACAUAGUAUUUAUAAGUACUAUUUUCAAAAUAAAGCUUUUGGUAUCCUA